AUGGACUGUAACAAGGAAGAAGCCUCUAGGGCAAAGGCCAUGGCAGAGAGUAUGAUGCAGAGAGGUGAUUUCCCCAAGGCUCAGAAGCUUUUGAUGAAAGCUCAAAGACUCUUCUCAGGUCUUGAAAGCUUACCUCAAAUGUUAGCAGUGUGUGAUGUCCACUGCGCUGCGGUUAAUAAAAUCAACGGUCUUGAGAACUGGUAUGGUAUUCUUCAGGUUAUGCAUUUUUCAGACGAUGUUAUGAUCAAGAAGCAGUACAGGAAUCUCGCCUUGCUUCUCCAUCCUGAUAAAAACCAGUUCCCUGGUGCUGAGUCUGCUUUCAAGUUGGUUGGGGAAGCUAAUAGAUUGCUUGCUGAUAAGGUGAAACGGAGUCAGUAUGAUAUCAAGAGUAGAAUCAAUUCACAGGUUGCUAGUAGACAGUUGAAUGGAAACAGUGCUAGUGGCAGUAGUGUUAAGAGGGCUACGUUUUGGACUUGUUGUGAGCAUUGUGGGUUUAGGUAUAAGUACUUGGAACAGUAUGUGAACUCCAACAUGUAUUGUUCCAAGUGUCAGAGAUCAUUCAUGGCCUACGACACUGGACUUAAUGGAGUGCCGCCUAAGCCCUGCACUAGUCAAAAAGAAGUUCAAGAUCAGGGGCCUUGUAACACACCUGUGAGUAAUAACGGUGAGUCUAAUGGUGUUCAACCAGAAAGUGUAGCAGCUGAGGUUGAUAGGAAAGAAUCUGCCAAAGAGAAAUUCAACGAGAAGAAUGGAGGAAGUGAGAAAAAUAAUGAAGUAAGGAAACCUAAAACAGAGGAUGGAUCGAUGAGGAAUGAUACUGAAUCUAUGAAACCCGAGGAAGGUGAGGGGAAGAUGAACAAGACAGCUGAUCUACCUAAAGCUGAUGGUUUGAAGCCGCAACCUGAGGUUACAGAAUCAGAAAAGAUUGCAUCAAAAUCUAUACCUGAUGAAUCAGUUUCAAGGUCUAGUCAAGCAUCCUCAGUGACCAAGGGCAAAAGAAAGAGGAGAGAGAUCGUUGAGGAGCUGCCUGAGGAUAAAGCAGAUUCAAAGGAUACUAAUAGGAGGACAUCUCCAAGGAAUAGGCAACAUAUUUCUUGCGGAGAGAAGGGAGGAAGUGAUGGUCCUCCCACAAAGAGGUCAAGAUCAAAUGUUAAAUUAAAAUCUGAGCGAGGUACCAAAAAACAAAAGUUAGGUGUUGGAUCCUCCAAACCUCUUGAUUCUGGUGGUUCUUCUGCGCCUUCAUGUGUUUCUAAUGGAAAGUCUAGUAAAAGAGUGGAUUCUGUAUAUCAAGAAAGCUUGUCUACGGAAGACAAAAAGAGUGAAGGAAAUAAAGAACAUGGAGAAGGAAUGGGUAUUGCAGGAAAGAUUGACAAUAACCACAAGCCUGUUACGCAGGAUUCACCUGAUCCAGACUUUCAUAAUUUUGAAGUGGCAACAAGCUGUUUUGCUGUCAACCAGGUUUGGUCUCUGUAUGAUCCCAGUGAUGGCAUGCCAAGGUUUUAUGCUCGGAUCAAAAAGGUGAUGGAUGCUGAGUUCAAGGUGUGUAUUACGUGGCUUGACCCCUUAGAGGAUAAUAAUAAUGAUAACUCUGUUCCCAUUGCUUGUGGAGUUUUCCAAGAAAGGGAGUCAGAGGAAGUAGACGACCACUUGAUAUUCUCUUGUCAGAUGCUUCAUGUACCUGGUGAUAAUAACACCGUCUUGUAUCCAAGAAGAGGAGAAGUUUGGGCAGUUUUCAGAGGCUGGGAUAGCAGUUGGAUUGGUAGCUCAGAAAAUCAUAAAGGAACUUAUGAAUAUGACUUUGUUGAAGUUCUGUGUGAUUUUGAUGAUGUGGAUGGCCUUAGAGUGGCUUACUUGGGAAAAGUGGAAGGUUUUGUUUCUCUGUUUCAGCGAGAUGUAAUGUAUGGAGUUCUCCAACUUCAUAUUUUACCGAAAGAGAUGCUAAGAUUUUCUCACAAAGUCCCCUCAUUCAAAUUGACUGGAAGUGAGAGAGAAGGUGUUCCUCCUGGGUGCUUCGAAUUAGACACUGCUGCGUUACCAAAAGAGAUGUUCGAGGUUGCUUAUUCUGAAGCUUAUGUUGGUCUGGAUGGAGAAAGGCCGAAUGGUAAAAUUGGUGGCUCUAUUCCUGAGGUUCCCAAGGUUGAAGUGCAGGCAAGGAAACGUCAAAAAUUCAAUGGCAAUCAUGACAUGAACUCAGUGAAGAAGUCCAAGAAGAGUGUCAAAGCAGUGGAUGGCUUGAACCUGCGAAAAUCCUCUCGUGUUCGGAGUGAAACAAACAAUCAAGCAACUUCAAGUCCAAGCCAAGAAGAAGAUGAGAAGAAGAGUGCUAACCAUGAUGUGUUUUAUAUUUCUGUUGAGACAAUGACUACACCAAAGAAACCUGCAAAGGUCGUGACUGCAGCUGAUUCCCCAAGAAUCAGGAAAACACACAAAUCCACAGGGAACUCAAAGAAGCGUGGGAGAAAUGAUGAGUCAUUGUCUCAGGCCAGAGGUAAUGGUUUAUUGAAUGGUGCUGAAAAAUCCUCAGUUUCAGAGACUCAUGGGCCAUCGAAUUGCACAACCAGGCAAGCAAACACUUAUAACUUUGAGAACCAAAGAUCAAAAGACAAGUUUCAGGUUGAUCAAAUAUGGGCUAUUUACAGCAUUACCGACAAAGGGUUGCCCAGAAAGUAUGGUCAGGUUAAGAGAAUCGACACAAGUCCUGAAUUCAAGCUACAUGUAGCACCUCUAGAGCUGUGUCGUCCUCCAAAGCUCAUGACACAUCCUGUGUGCUGUGGCACUUUUAAGUUGAAAACAGGUAAAGCAGAUGUCCUUGAACCUAGCAGCUUCUCACAUCAGAUUAAAGCUGUGAAGAAAGGUAUAAACAGAUACGAAGUAUACCCAGGAAAAGGAGAGAUAUGGGCUCUGUACAAGAACUGGAACACUACAGAUUGUGCUGAAACUGAAGAAGAACUUGAGAUGGUAGAAGUAGUUGAGACCAACGAGCAGAGAACACAAGUGGUGGUAUUGACUGCUAAAGUGUGUAACAAGCUUCUCUAUAGUAGGUGUGUGGAGACAGUGGCGGGUUCUGUAGACAUUCCAAAGACGGAAGUGAAUAGAUUCUCACAUCAGGUUCCAGCGUUCAGACGUGAGAGAUGUGGAGACUACGAAUGGUGGGAGCUUGAUUCUAAAGCACUUGUUGAUCUUUAACUCAAAGAAGCUCAAGUCUUUUUUUUUUUUUUUGUUAAUCUUGUCUAGUUUAGAAUGUGAUGCUAAAUUAAAAACAUGAAGAAGAGACUGGAUAUAAUAUAGGG